AUGGCACUAGACGGUAUAAGUAUUUGUAACCGGCCAAGAACUCAAAAAAUAAUUGAUGUUGUUGUCAUUCCUCCUGCUGGUGAUUUACAGUCAGAUGAAGAGGAGUUUUAUGAUAAUAUCAUGUCUGAUGAUAGUACUUCGUUGAUGCCGCAAGAAGUCGCUGGGGAAGUCGAACUCCAACAUAUAAUCAGCAGUGAAAGCGAAGACAGUGAUCGCGAAUACCAUUUACCUUUAUCUGUCCUAAGAGAAAUAAUUUUGAAACAAAAAGCUUUGGAAAAUAAGGAAAAAAGCUGCCUGGACCUAAAUGGACUGAUAAUUUUGUAG